AGCCGAUGCCCCAGGCUCUCUUGCCCUGUGCUGCUCAGGAGGGAAGGCUGGAGAGGCUUUGCUCCUAAGGAUAUUUGCUAGAUGUUGCUGUGAGCAGGGGAGAGACAGAAGAAUACCCUCAAAAUGGAGGAAGAAGAAUAUGAGGAAGUUGUGGAGUACUACAUAGAAGAAACAGUUAUUGAGGAGGGUGAACCACAUGAGGUGAUCACUGAGAUCACUGAGACUGUUAGCCAAGACUUCACAGGUCCUAGAACCACCACAUAUACUGUUGAGCAUCAAAAACCUGUUGAGGAUGGAGCAACCCCAGUCAGAAAGAGGACAAUACGGACAAAAGUGGACCCAUCUAAGUUCUUGACACCUUAUCUGGAACACAGUAAUAAAAUGAAGGAUCUGUUCAGUGAGAACAAGUACAAAGAGAAAUUUAGAAAAGAGAAAGGAAAGCCAUAUGCUUCCACAAUUGAUACCCCAGAAAUCCGGAGGAUCAAGAAAGUGCAAGACCAGCUCAGUGAGGUGAAAUACCGCAUGGCUGGUGAAGUUGCCAGAACUAUUUGCCACGUUGAUGAAAAGGCCAAGGACAUAGAACAUGCAAAAAAGGUGUCACAGCAAGUGAGCAAGGUACUAUAUAAACAGAACUGGGAAGAGAAUAAGGACAAGUACUUGCUUCCCCCUGAUGCUCCUGAGCUUGUGAAUGCAAUCAAAAACACAGCAAUGUUCAGUAAGAAACUUUAUACUGAAGACUGGGAAGCAGACAAAUCAUUAUUCUAUCCAUACAAUGACAGUCCGGAGCUCAGAAGGGUGGCACAGGCUCAAAAGACUCUGAGUGAUAUGGUCUACAAAAAAGGGCACGAUGAAAGAAAAUCUAAGUACACUUCUCUGCCAGAUCCCCCUGAUGUGGAACAAGCCAGGAAAGUGACAAGGCAGCUGAGUGACGUUGUUUAUCACGAGGACUAUAAAAAGAAGAUCAAAGGCAAGUGGAGUCAAACUCCAUGCUAUGAUGUUGCAGUUGCAAAAAUGAAUGCUGAAAAUCUAAGUAUGAGAAAAUACCAGGAAGACUUUGAAAACAUGAAAGACCAAAUCUACUUUAUGCAGACUGAAACUCCAGAGUACGAAGCUAACAAGCGAGUUUCAGAUAAUGUCAGCAAGGUAAAAUAUAGAGCAGACUAUGAAAAGAACAAAGCCAUUGCAGAUUAUAACGUGCUGCCUGCUACAGAGAACCCCCUGCUAAGGCAACUAAAAGCUGCAGGAAAUAUACUGAGUGAUAAAUUAUACAAAGAAGCCUAUGAACAAUCAAAAGGAAACAACAUGAAUUACUGUGACACACCCAAGUUCCAGACUGAUACUGUUCUGAAGAAUUUUAGUGAUGUGAAAUACAAAGAUGCAUAUCAGAAGAAUAUUUUAGGACACUAUUUGGGCAGCUUUGAGGACCCCCAUCAAAUACACUGCAUGAAAGUUGAAGCCAUGAAGAGUGAUAAAAAUUACAAAGCAGAGUAUGAGGAGGAUAAGACAAAAUGCUACUUCCCUCAGACCAUAACUCAGGAGUAUGAAGCUAUUAAGAAGUUAGAGCAGUGUAAAGAUCACACCUACAAAAAGCAUCCUGAUAAAACCAAAUUCACUCAAGUGACUGACUCUCCAGUACAGAAGCAAGCAGAGAUCAAUAGCAAGCAGCUGAGUGAUAUAAACUACAAAGCCAAAGGUGAAGAAAUUAUUCACAAGUACCACCUCCCUCCAGAUGUGCCCCAGUUUAUACAGGCUAAAGUGAAUGCCUACAAUAUUAGUGAUAACUAUUACAAAGCUGGCUUGGAAGAAUUAAAAUCGAAGGGGUAUGAUCUAAAACUUGAUGCUAUUCCUAUCCAAGCUGCCAAGGCUGCUAGGCAGGCUGCCAGUGAUUAUAAAUACAAAGAAGCAUAUGAAAAGUCUAAAGGAAAACAGGUUGGUUUCAGAAGUCUGCAAGAUGACCCUAAGCUUGUCCACUACAUGAAUGUAGCCAAGAUUCAGUCUGAGCGUGAGUACAAGAAAGAUUAUGAGAAGACCAAGACUAACUAUCACACACCUCCUGACAUGUACAGUAUCCAGGCUGCUAAACAGUCUCAGGAUGUAGCUUCCAAUGCCCACUACAAAAACCUGAUCCACAACUACACCUAUCUGCCAGAUGCCAUGGAUGUUGAGCUUGCAAAGAACAUGAUGCAAAUUCAGAGUGAUAAUGCAUACAAGGAAGAGUAUAACAGCUGGCUCAAGGGUAUUGGGUGGAGUCCUCUGGGUUCCCUGGAUGUUGAAAAAGCUAAAAAGGCUGGAGAUGCAUUAAAUGAGAAGAAAUACCGUCAGCACCCAGACACCAUCAAGUUUACAAGCAUCCCAGAUUCCCUGCCAGUGGUUUUAGCUCAACACAACACCAAGCAGCUGAGUGAUGUAGCAUACAAGAAAGAAGGUGAAAAAGUGAUACACAAAUACACCCUGGAUCCUGAUGUUCCUCAGUUUAUCCAAGCCCGGGUCAAUGCCUUCAAUUUGAGUGAUGCUAACUACAAAGCAGACUGGAAAAAAACCAUUGCCAAAGGAUAUGAUCUGAAACCAGAUGCCAUUCCUAUUAUUGCUGCUAAAGCUUCUCAGAAUAUUGCAAGUGAUUACAAGUACAAGGAGUCAUAUGAGAAAGAAAAAGGCAAACAAGUUGGAUACCGGAGCCUGCAGGAUGAUCCUAAACUUGUUCAUUACAUGAACGUGGCCAAAAUACAGUCAGAUCGUGAGUACAAGAAGGAUUAUGAAGUCACCAAGACCAAAUACCACACUCCUUUGGAUAUGUUCAGUGUGAUGGCUGCCAAGAAAGCCCAGGAAGUGACUACAAUGUCUGGCUAUAAACAACCAAUUCACAAUUAUACACUCUUGCCCGAUUCUAUGAGCCUGGAGCUGUCUAGGAAUGUGAUGCAACAGCAGAGUGAUAACGUGUACAAAGCAGACUUUAAUAACUGGUUGAGAGGAGUUGGCUGGGUACCAAUUCAGUCUCUGGAUGUAGAAAAGGCCAAAAAAGCUACAGAGAUCCUCAGUGAAAAGAAGUAUCGACAGCACCCAGACAAACUGAAGUAUUCUAUCACCACGGAUGCCAUGGAGCAAGUGCUAGCCAAGCAAAAUGCCAAGACCAUGAAUAAGAGGCUCUACACUGAUAAGUGGAACAAAGAGAAGACCAGCAUUCAUGUUAUGCCAGAUACUCCAGAAAUUCUGCAGUCUAGAGUGAACCAGAUCACAAUGAGCAAUAAACUUUACAAAGCUGGAUGGGAGGAAGACAAGAAGAAAGGUUAUGACCUGAAGCCAGAUGCUCUUCCAAUAAAAGCAGCCAAAGCAUCCAGAGACAUUGCAAGUGAUUACAAAUACAAACUUGCCUACGAAAAAGCGAAAGGAAAGCACAUCGGGUUCCGCAGCCUGGAGGAUGACCCCAAGCUGGUGCACUUCAUGCAGGUGGCUAAGAUGCAAUCUGAUCGUGAAUACAAAAAGGAUUAUGAGAAGGCAAAGACUAAUUUCCACACUCCAGUGGACAUGGUCAGUGUUGUGGCAGCCAAGAAAGCCCAGGAAGUGGUGACCAACACAAACUACAAAAACCUGAUCCAUACCUACAAUGUUCUGCCUGAUGCCAUGAGUCUUGAACUAGCCAAAACCAUGAUGCAGAUACAAAGUGAUAAUCAAUACAAAGCAGAAUAUGAUGAAACCAUGAAGGGUGUUGGAUGGGUACCCCUGGGCUCCUUGGAAGCUGAGAAGAACAAAAAAGCCAUGGAAAUUGUUAGUGAAAAGAAGUAUCGCCAACACCCAGACAAGCUGAAGUAUUCUGUUCCUAUGGAUUCCAUGAACAUGGUCUUAGCUUUAAACAAUGCUAAAAUCAUGGAUGAGCACAAGUACAAACAAGCAUGGGAAGAAGACAAGAAGAAAGUUCAUAUCACACCAGAUAUUCCACAGAUUGCUUUAGCAAAAGCCAAUGCAUUUAAUUUAAGUGAUAAAAUGUACAGACAUAAAUUUGAAGAGUCUAGGAAGAAAGGGUAUGAUCUCAGAGCUGAUGCCAUCCCUAUUAAAGCUGCCAAAGCUUCUAGGGAUAUUGCUAGCGAUUAUAAAUACAAGUUAGGAUAUGAAAAAGACAAGGGAAAACUUGUAGGCUUCCGCAGCCUUCAGGAUGAUCCCAAACUUGUCCAUUAUAUGCAAGUGGCUAAGAUGCAGUCUGACCGUGAGUACAAGAAAGCCUAUGAGAUGAGCAAGACACAUUACCAGAUGCCUUCAGACACACUCAGUGUGGUGGCAGCCAAGGAGGCACAGGAUCGUGUCACCAACACGAACUACAAGCGACUCAUUCACCAGUACAUGCUUCUACCAGAUUCCAUGAGUUUGGAACUGUACAGAAACAUGAAUCAGAUACAGAGUGACAAUGAGUACAAGCAGGAUUACAACGAGUGGUUCAAGGGCAUUGGCUGGAGUCCUGCUGGGUCUCUGGAUGUAGAGAAAUCUAAGAAAGCCACAGAAAUUGCAAGUGAUCAGAAGUACCGUCAGCAUCCCAGCCUGUUCCCCUUCACAAAACAGACUGAUGCCAUGGACUUGGUCCUUGCAAAGCAGAAUGCAAAUAUAAUGAAUAAACAUGCUUAUACUCAAGCUUGGGAGAAGGAUAAAACUCAGGUCCAUGUGAUGCCAGAUACACCAGAUAUCCUACAGGCAAAACAGAACAAGAUGAACUACAGUCAGAAACUAUACAAGCUUGACUGGGAGAAAAUGAUAAAGAAAGGCUAUGACCUCACACCUGAAGCCAUGUCCGUGAAAGCUGCCAAAGCUUCAAGGGACAUUGCAAGUGACUACAAGUACAAGGAAGGUUACCGCAAGCAGCAGGGACACCACAUUGGCUUCCGCAGCUUACAGGAUGAUCCCAAGAUGUUGUGGUCAAUGCAAGUAGCUAAGAUGCAGAGUGAGAGGGAGUACAAGAAAGAUUUUGAAAAGUGGAAGACAAAGUUUAAUAUGCCUGUGGACAUGUUAGGCUUCCUUCUGGCCAAGAAAUGCCAGGAAUUGGUUAGUGAUAUAGACUACAAACGGAUACUGCACCGCUGGACUUGCCUGCCAGACCAGAAUGAUGUCACCCAGGCAAAGAGGGUCUACGAACUACAGAGUGAUAAUCUGUAUAAGUCAGAUCUACAAUGGCUCAAAGGUAUUGGAUGGAGUCCUCUGGGAGCUUUGGAAACUGAAAAGAACAAAAAAGCUUCUGAAAUACUGAGUGAGAAGAAGUACCGGCAGCACCCAGAUACUAUCAAGUUCACAAGUAUCCCAGAUGCCAUGGAUAUUGUUCUAGCAAAAUCUAAUGCCAAAAAUAGAAGUGAUAUACUCUAUAGAGAAGCUUGGAACAAGGACAAGACUCAGGUUCAUAUCAUGCCUGAUACACCUGAAAUUCUGCUGGCUAAAUCAAACGUCAUUAACACAAGUGAUAAAAAAUACAAGUUGGGAUAUGAGGAGAUGAAGAGGAAAGGCUAUGACCUCCCUGUGGAUGCAAUACCCCUCAAGUCAGCAAAGGCAUCCAGAGACAUAGCUAGUGAAUACCAAUACAAAACUGGGUACAGAAAGCAGCUCGGCCACCACAUCGGGGCCCGGAACAUAGAGGAUGAUCCCAAGAUGCUGUGGUCCAUGCAUGUAGCCAAGAUCCAGAGUGACAGGGAGUACAAGAAAGCUUUUGAGAAGUCCAAGACACACUUCAGUAGCCCAGUGGACAUGCUGGGAGUUGUAUUGGCCAAGAAAUGUCAGGAGCUGGUCAGCGAUGUUGACUACAAGCAUCCUCUGCAUCGAUGGACCUGCCUGCCAGACCAGAAUGAUGUUGUACAAGCCAGGAGAGUGUACGACCUUCAGAGUGAUAAUGUGUACAAGUCUGACCUGCUGUGGCUGAGGGGCAUUGGUUGGUCCCCAAGUGGUUCUCUGGACGAUGAGAAGAACAAGAGGGCCAGCCAAAUCCUGAGUGACAAGAAGUACCGGCAACACCCAGACACCAUCAGGUUCACGAGCCUCCCCGACUCCAUGCCCAUGGUCCUGGCCAAGCACAACUCUGCAAUUAUGAACCAGCGCGCGUACACGUCAGCCUGGGAGAAAGAUAAAACCAGCGUCCACAUUAUGCCCGACACACCUGGGAUUUUGCUAGCCCAGCAGAACAAAGUGAACUUCAGUGAGAAACUGUACAAGCUUGCGAUGGAGGAGGAGAAGAAGAAGGGUUAUGACAUGAGGGUAGAUGCCAUUCCCAUCAAGUCUGCCAAGGCUUCCAGGGACAUUGCAAGUGAUUACAAGUACAAAGAAGGCUACCGCAAGCAGCUCGGCCACCACAUCGGGGCCCGGAACAUAGAGGAUGAUCCCAAGAUGCUGUGGUCCAUGCAUGUAGCCAAGAUCCAGAGUGACAGGGAGUACAAGAAAGCUUUUGAGAAGUCCAAGACACACUUCAGUAGCCCAGUGGACAUGCUGGGAGUUGUAUUGGCCAAGAAAUGUCAGGAGCUGGUCAGCGAUGUUGACUACAAGCAUCCUCUGCAUCGAUGGACCUGCCUGCCAGACCAGAAUGAUGUUGUACAAGCCAGGAGAGUGUACGACCUUCAGAGUGAUAAUGUGUACAAGUCUGACCUGCUGUGGCUGAGGGGCAUUGGUUGGUCCCCAAGUGGUUCUCUGGACGAUGAGAAGAACAAGAGGGCCAGCCAAAUCCUGAGUGACAAGAAGUACCGGCAACACCCAGACACCAUCAGGUUCACGAGCCUCCCCGACUCCAUGCCCAUGGUCCUGGCCAAGCACAACUCUGCAAUUAUGAACCAGCGCGCGUACACGUCAGCCUGGGAGAAAGAUAAAACCAGCGUCCACAUUAUGCCCGACACACCUGGGAUUUUGCUAGCCCAGCAGAACAAAGUGAACUUCAGUGAGAAACUGUACAAGCUUGCGAUGGAGGAGGAGAAGAAGAAGGGCUAUGACAUGAGGGUAGAUGCCAUUCCCAUCAAGUCUGCCAAGGCUUCCAGGGACAUUGCAAGUGAUUACAAGUACAAAGAAGGCUACCGCAAGCAGCUCGGCCACCACAUCGGGGCCCGGAACAUAGAGGAUGAUCCCAAGAUGCUGUGGUCCAUGCACGUAGCCAAGAUCCAGAGUGACAGGGAGUACAAGAAAGCUUUUGAGAAGUCCAAGACACACUUCAGUAGCCCAGUGGACAUGCUGGGAGUUGUAUUGGCCAAGAAAUGUCAGGAGCUGGUCAGCGAUGUUGACUACAAGCAUCCUCUGCAUCGAUGGACCUGCCUGCCAGACCAGAAUGAUGUUGUACAAGCCAGGAGAGUGUACGACCUUCAGAGUGAUAAUGUGUACAAGUCUGACCUGCUGUGGCUGAGGGGCAUUGGUUGGUCCCCAAGUGGUUCUCUGGACGAUGAGAAGAACAAGAGGGCCAGCCAAAUCCUGAGUGACAAGAAGUACCGGCAACACCCAGACACCAUCAGGUUCACGAGCCUCCCCGACUCCAUGCCCAUGGUCCUGGCCAAGCACAACUCUGCAAUUAUGAACCAGCGCGCAUACACGUCAGCCUGGGAGAAAGAUAAAACCAGCGUCCACAUUAUGCCCGACACACCUGGGAUUUUGCUAGCCCAGCAGAACAAAGUGAACUUCAGUGAGAAACUGUACAAGCUUGCGAUGGAGGAGGAGAAGAAGAAGGGCUAUGACAUGAGGGUAGAUGCCAUUCCCAUCAAGUCUGCCAAGGCUUCCAGGGACAUUGCAAGUGAUUACAAGUACAAAGAAGGCUACCGCAAGCAGCUCGGCCACCACAUCGGGGCCCGGAACAUAGAGGAUGAUCCCAAGAUGCUGUGGUCCAUGCACGUAGCCAAGAUCCAGAGUGACAGGGAGUACAAGAAAGCUUUUGAGAAGUCCAAGACACACUUCAGUAGCCCAGUGGACAUGCUGGGCAUCGUGUUGGCCAAGAAAUGUCAGGAGCUGGUCAGCGAUGUUGACUACAAGCAUCCUCUGCAUCGAUGGACCUGCCUGCCAGACCAGAAUGAUGUUGUACAAGCCAGGAGAGUGUACGACCUUCAGAGUGAUAAUGUGUACAAGUCUGACCUGCUGUGGCUGAGGGGCAUUGGUUGGUCCCCAAGUGGUUCUCUGGACGAUGAGAAGAACAAGAGGGCCAGCCAAAUCCUGAGUGACAAGAAGUACCGGCAACACCCAGACACCAUCAGGUUCACGAGCCUCCCCGACUCCAUGCCCAUGGUCCUGGCCAAGCACAACUCUGCAAUUAUGAACCAGCGCGCGUACACGUCAGCCUGGGAGAAAGAUAAAACCAGCGUCCACAUUAUGCCCGACACACCUGGGAUUUUGCUAGCCCAGCAGAACAAAGUGAACUUCAGUGAGAAACUGUACAAGCUUGCGAUGGAGGAGGAGAAGAAGAAGGGCUAUGACAUGAGGGUAGAUGCCAUUCCCAUCAAGUCUGCCAAGGCUUCCAGGGACAUUGCAAGUGAUUACAAGUACAAAGAAGGCUACCGCAAGCAGCUCGGCCACCACAUCGGGGCCCGGAACAUAGAGGAUGAUCCCAAGAUGCUGUGGUCCAUGCACGUAGCCAAGAUCCAGAGUGACAGGGAGUACAAGAAAGCUUUUGAGAAGUCCAAGACACACUUCAGUAGCCCAGUGGACAUGCUGGGCAUCGUGUUGGCCAAGAAAUGUCAGGAGCUGGUCAGUGAUGUUGACUACAAGCACUAUCUGCAUGAAUGGACUUGCCUGCCAGACCAGAACGACGUUAUCCAUGCUAAGCAAGCCUAUGAUCUGCAGAGUGAUAACUGCUACAAGUCUGACCUUGAAUGGUUACGAGGCAUUGGUUGGGUCCCAAUUGGCUCCUUGGAGGUUGAAAAAGCCAAGAAAGCAGGAGAGAUCUUGAGUGAUAAAAUAUAUCGCCAGCCUCCGGACACAAUCAAGUUUACCAGCGUGGCUGACUCUCUGGAGAUGGUCUUAGCCAAGCAGAAUGCAGAGACAAUGAAUAAGCGUUUAUACACUGAGGCCUGGGACAAAGACAAGACACAAAUCCACAUCAUGCCUGACACACCUGAAAUCACACUGGCAAGACAGAACAUGCAGAACUACAGUGUGAAACUCUAUAAACAAGCCAUGGAAGAAGACAAAAAGAAAGGCUAUGAUUUGAGAAGUGAUGCUAUCCCCAUUCAGGCUGCCAAAGCAUCCAGGCAGAUUGCCAGCGAUUACAAGUACAAAGAAGGCUACCGCAAGCAGCUCGGCCACCACAUCGGGGCCCGGAACAUAGAGGAUGAUCCCAAGAUGCUGUGGUCCAUGCACGUAGCCAAGAUCCAGAGUGACAGGGAGUACAAGAAAGCCUUUGAGAAGACAAAGACACACUUCAGUAGCCCAGUGGACAUGCUGGGCAUUGUGCUGGCCAAGAAAUGUCAAGGGCUGGUCAGUGAUAUUGAUUACCGCCACUACCUGCAUCAGUGGAUCUGCCUGCCGGACCAGAACGACGUUAUCCAUGCUAAGCAAGCCUAUGACCUGCAGAGUGAUCACUGCUACAAGUCUGACCUUGAAUGGUUACGAGGCAUUGGUUGGGUCCCAAUUGGCUCCUUGGAGGUUGAAAAAGCCAAGAAGGCAGGAGAGAUCUUGAGUGAUAAAAUAUAUCGUCAGCCUCCGGACACAAUCAAGUUUACCAGCGUGACUGACUCUCUGGAGAUGGUCUUAGCCAAGCAGAAUGCAGAGACAAUGAAUAAGCGUUUAUACACUGAAGCAUGGAAUAAAGAUAAGACCACAGUUCAUGUCAUGCCUGACACACCAGAAAUCCUGCUAGCUAAACAAAACCAAUUAAACUACAGUCAGAAAAUGUACAAACUAGCAUUGGAGGAAUCGAAGAAGAAGGGCCAUGAUUUGCGUUUUGAUGCUAUUCCUAUUCAGUCUGCCAAAGCAUCCAGAGAGAUUGCCAGUGAUUACAAGUACAAAGAAGGCUACCGCAAGCAGCUCGGCCACCACAUCGGGGCCCGGAACAUAGAGGAUGAUCCCAAGAUGAUGUGGUCCAUGCACGUAGCCAAGAUCCAGAGUGACAGGGAGUACAAGAAAGCCUUUGAGAAGACAAAGACACACUUCAGUAGCCCAGUGGACAUGCUGGGCAUCGUGCUGGCCAAGAAAUGUCAAGGGCUGGUCAGUGAUAUUGAUUACCGCCACUACCUGCAUCAGUGGAUCUGCCUGCCGGACCAGAAUGACGUUAUCCAUGCUAAGCAAGCCUAUGACCUGCAGAGUGAUGCUGUUUACAAAGCUGACCUGGAAUGGCUAAGAGGUAUUGGAUGGGUUCCUAUUGGCUCCGUGGAAGUUGAGAAAGCUAAGAGAGCUGGAGAAAUCCUGAGUGAAAGGAAGUAUCGUCAACCAGCAGACCAAAUUAAAUUUACUAGUGUGACAGAUUCUUUGGCUAUGGUCUUAGCCAAGCAAAAUGCUGAGAUAAUGAACAAGCGUUUAUAUACAGAGGCCUGGGAUGCAGACAAGAAGACAAUUCAUGUAAUGCCUGACACACCAACAAUUUUGUUAGCUAAGGCCAAUGCAGCUAAUGUCAGCCAGAAACUUUAUACACAAGCCUGGGAAGAGGCUAAAAAGAAGGGUUAUGACAUGAGAGCUGAUGCAAUUCCAAUCCAAAGUGCAAAGGCAUCAAGAAAUAUUGCGAGUGAUUACAAGUACAAAGAAGCACAUGAGAAGCAGAAAGGCCACUACAUUGGGUGCAAAACUGCCCAGGAGGACCCCAAACUGUCGUGGGCUGCACGUGCCAUGGCACUGCAGAAUGACCGGAUUUACAGGAAGGCCUACCAUGAUUCCAAAGCCCAGGUCCACAUCCCAGUGGAUGCCAUAUCAGUGCAGGCAGCCAAGGAGUGCCAGACACUCGUCAGUGACAUUGACUACCGCCAGUACCUGCACCAGUGGACGUGUCUGCCUGACCAGAACGACGUGAUCCAUGCAAGGAAGGCCUAUGACCUGCAGAGCGAUAACGUGUACAAGUCAGACCUGGAAUGGUUGCGAGGCAUCGGCUGGUUGACAGAAGGUUCAGUAGAUGUGGUCAAAGCCAAGAAAGCCCAGGAGCUCCUGAACGAGAGGCUGUACCGCGUGCGGCCCGACGAGAUGAAGUUCACCAGCAUCACUGACGCGCCAGACGUCGUCCAGGCGAAGAUCAACGCCGCGCAGCUCAGCGACCGUCUGUAUCGUGAAGCCUGGGACAAAGACAAGACACAGGUCUGCCUGCCUUCCGACACUCCUGUCAUGCUGCAGUCCAAAGUCAAUGCCCUCAACAUCAGCAACAAACAUUAUCAGAAGGACUGGGAUGCAGCCAAGGCAAAGGGCUAUGACCUAAGAGCAGAUGCCAUUCCCAUCAAACACGCCAAGGCUUCCAGAGACAUCGCUAGCGAGUACAAGUACAAAGAAACCCACGAGAAGCAGAAAGGCCACUACAUUGGGUGCAAAACUGCCCAGGAGGACCCCAAACUGUCGUGGGCCGCGCGUGCCAUGGCGCUGCAGAACGACCGGAUUUACAGGAAGGCCUACCAUGAUUCCAAGGCCCAGGUCCACAUCCCAGUGGAUGCCAUAUCAGUGCAGGCAGCCAAGGAGUGCCAGACACUCGUCAGUGACAUUGACUACCGCCAGUACCUGCACCAGUGGACGUGUCUGCCUGACCAGAACGACGUGAUCCAUGCAAGGAAGGCCUAUGACCUGCAGAGCGAUAACGUGUACAAGUCAGACCUGGAAUGGUUGCGAGGCAUCGGCUGGUUGACAGAAGGUUCAGUAGAUGUGGUCAAAGCCAAGAAAGCCCAGGAGCUCCUGAACGAGAGGCUGUACCGCGUGCGGCCCGACGAGAUGAAGUUCACCAGCAUCACUGACGCGCCAGACGUCGUCCAGGCGAAGAUCAACGCCGCGCAGCUCAGCGACCGUCUGUAUCGUGAAGCCUGGGACAAAGACAAGACACAGGUCUGCCUGCCUUCCGACACUCCUGUCAUGCUGCAGUCCAAAGUCAAUGCCCUCAACAUCAGCAACAAACACUAUCAGAAGGACUGGGAUGCAGCCAAGGCAAAGGGCUAUGACCUAAGAGCAGAUGCCAUUCCCAUCAAACACGCCAAGGCUUCCAGAGACAUCGCUAGUGAGUACAAGUACAAAGAAACCCACGAGAAGCAGAAAGGCCACUACAUUGGGUGCAAAACUGCCCAGGAGGACCCCAAACUGUCGUGGGCCGCGCGUGCCAUGGCGCUGCAGAAUGACCGGAUUUACAGGAAGGCCUACCAUGAUUCCAAGGCCCAGGUCCACAUCCCAGUGGAUGCCAUAUCAGUGCAGGCAGCCAAGGAGUGCCAGACACUCGUCAGUGACAUUGACUACCGCCAGUACCUGCACCAGUGGACGUGUCUGCCUGACCAGAACGACGUGAUCCAUGCAAGGAAGGCCUAUGACCUGCAGAGCGAUGCUGUUUAUAAGUCGGACCUAGAAUGGCUCCGUGGAAUUGGCUGGUUGCCUAAUGACUCCCCAGAAGUUAAGAGGGUGAAGCAAGCCCAGGACCUCCUGAGUGACAACGUGUAUCGUACCCCCAUUGACAGCCUGAAAUACACCAGUGUUGUGGAUUCUCCAGACGUUGUCCUGGCUAAAACCAACGCCGAACAAGUCAGCAUUCCAAAAUACAAAGAAGCCUGGGAAAAAGACAAGACUAUGAUCCAUAUUAUGCCAGACACACCUGAAAUCAACCUAGCCAAGACUAAUGCUGUUAAUUAUAGCAAGAAACUGUAUAAAGAAGCUUGGGAUGAGUUGAAACUGAGCUAUGAUUUGAGAGCAGAUGCAAUCCCAAUCAAAGCAGCCAAAGCUUCCAGGGAAAUUGCUAGUGAUUAUAAAUACAAACUGGAUCACGAGAAGCAGAAAGGACACUAUGUUGGAGUUCCAAAUGCAAAAGCAGAUGUCAAAAUAGAUUUUGCCCUCGGCAUAGGCAAAGUGCAGAGCGAACUAGAAUACAAGAAACACUUUGCCAAAUGGAAGACACAGUGCCACUUGCCAGUAGACAUGGUGUCCAUCGUAUCAGCUAAGCAUGGUCAGUCCUUGGUCAGUGAUGUCGAUUACCGCCAUUACUUGCACCAGUGGAUCUGUCUUCCAGACCAGAAUGAUGUCAUACAUGCUAGGAAAGCCUAUGAUCUUCAGAGUGAUGCUGUUUACAAAGCUGAUUUAGAAUGGCUACGGGGAAUUGGAUGGUUGCCAAAUGAUUCAGUUGGAAUCAACCACGUCAAAUAUGCUGGAGAUCUCUUGAAUGAGAGAAAGUACCGCACAAAAGCCGAAACUCUUCCCUUUACUCCUGUGGCAGACAGGGUUGAUUAUGUCACAGCAAAGAACAGUGGUGAAAUUCUCAGUGAGAUUAAAUACCACAAAGCAUGGAAUGAGGUCAAGUCCAAUUACACUCUGACAGACACACCACAGCUAGAUAUGGCCCGAGAGGCAGCCAGAAUUCUUAACCAGAAUUUGUACAAGGAAAGUUGGGAGAAAGAAAAAGCCACUGGUUACAUCUUACCACCUGACACUGUGCAGCUCUCUCAUGCAAAACACUCAAAUGAUGUCCAAAGUGAGCUUAAAUACAAAUCUGAAUAUGUCAAACAAAGAGGUCACUACGUUGGCGUUCCCAGUAUGAGAGAUGAUCCGAAACUGGUCUGGUUUGAGCACGCGGGCGAGAUCCAGAAUGACAGAUUGUACAAAUCAGACUACCACAAAACCAAGUCCAAAAUCCACAUCCCUCCAGAUGCAGUGUCAGUGGUAGCAGCCAAGGAAGGUCAGGCCUUGGUCAGCGACAUCGACUACCGCCAAUACCUGCAUGAAUGGACCUGCCAUCCUGACCAGAAUGACUGUAUUCAGGCCAGGAAGGCCUAUGAUCUGCAAAGUGAUAAUGUUUAUAAAUCUGAUUUGGAAUGGCUUCGUGGCUGUGGUUGGAUCCCUCUGGAUUCAGUGGAACACAAGAAAGUUAAGAAUGCACAAAAGCUGGUAAAUAAGAGAGCAUAUACAAAAGAAGCCCUGGAUAACUUCUCCAAUUAUACCAGUGUGGUUGACACUCCCGACAUUGUUUUGGCAAAGAUGAACUCUGUCAAUCAGAGUGAUCUCAAAUACAAGGAAACAUUUAACCUUGAGAAAGGCCAGUAUAUUGGGUCUGAUGAUACCCCUACCAUGAACCAUGCCAGAGACAUGUCCUUACUCUACAGUGAUAAACUUUAUAAGAAUGCCUGGGAAGUUAGCAAGCCCACUGGGUAUUCUCUGGACGAGAAGUACGUUCCACUGGUCGGAGCGAAGCACGCGAACUACAUAAACAGUGAGCUCAAAUACAAGGCGGUAUAUGAGAAGCUGAAAGGCCAUUACCUGGCCGGGAAGGAGAUCAGUGAUUUCCCCAGUGUCAUUCACUCCCUGGCCUUCCAGAAAAUGAGGAGCGCGUUGGAAUACAGAAAGAAUUAUGAAGACACCAAAGCACAUGUCCAUAUUCCAAGUGACAUGAUGAAUCACGUGCUAGCCAAGAAGUGUCAGUAUAUCCUCAGUGACCUUGAAUACAGACAUUACUUCCAUCAGUGGAGUUGUUCACCUGAGGAAAAUGAUGUUAUUCAUGCCAGGAGAGCCCAGGAAAUUUUGAGUGAUGUGGUGUAUAAAGAUGACCUAAAUUGGCUGAAGGGACUUGGAUGUUAUGUUUGGGAUACUCCACAAAUCCUGCAUGCUAAAAAAUCCUAUGACCUCCAGAGCCAAAUCAAAUAUACAGCUGCAGGAAAAGAGAAUUUCCAAAACUUUGGUGUUGUUACUGACACCCCUGUCUAUGUGACUGCAGUGCAGAGUGCUAUCAAUGCCAGCGAAGUCAAAUACAAGGAAGAUUACCAUAAAACUAAGGACAAGUAUACAACUGUGACUGAAACAGUGGAGUAUGAAAGAGUGCAAAACUUGAAGCAUCUCUUUAGCAAUAACCUCUACAAGGAAGCCUGGGAAAAAGUGAAAGCUACUGGCUAUAUAAUGCCCUCAGAUGCUGUAUCCCUAGCACGUGCCAAAGAACUAAAGCAUAAUGCUAGCAUUGUAAAAUACCGAGAAGAAUAUGACAAGUUUAAAGCACUGUACACCUUACCCAGAGGUGUUGAGGAUGAUCCCAAUACAGCAAGGUGCCUUAGAGUUGGAAAGCUUAAUAUUGAUCGUCUGUACAAGGAGGGCUAUGAGAAGACUAAAGCCAAAGUCCACAUCAUUCCAGACAUGGUAGACAUAAUUUCUGCUAAGGAUGCACAGAAGAAAAUCAGUGAAAUUGACUACCGCACACGUCUCCACGAGUGGGUCUGUCUGCCAGACCUUCAAAUCAAUGCCCAUGUUCGAAAAGUAACUGAUCAGCUCAGUGAUGUUGUGUACAAGGAUGAUCUUAACUGGCUGAAAGGCAUUGGCUGCUUUGUCUGGGACACCCCUGAAAUUCUCCAUGCCAAACAUGCCUAUGACCUUCGUAGUGAUAUUAAGUACAAAUCUAAGGCAGAAAAAAUGAAAGAUAAAUACAGUGUGGUUGUGGAUACUCCAGUCUAUGUCCAGAAUGUCCUCAGCGGCUUGAAUUUCAGUGAAGCUGUCUAUCGGGGUGAAUAUCUGAAGAAUGUGAGAGGCAAAAUGAUUCCUACCGAUAAAACCGUGGAUUUGGAGCGGGCUUAUCAUGCCAACAAAAUACAGAGUGAAAACUUGUAUCGCUGGGCUGGUGUGAGUGCUCUGCCCACGGGAUACAGCCUUCCCACAGACACCCCUGGCUUCCAGCAUGCCAAACAUGUCCAGUACAUCGGCAGUGAUCUGAAAUACAAAGAAGCCUAUGAACAUAUGAAAGCUAAAGGCUACACUCUGGGACCCAAAGAUGUUGGGUUUGAAAAUGUGAAAAAAGUGAAUCAAGUCAUUAAUGAGAGGCUGUACCGGGCAACGUACCACAAGUACAAGGACAAGAUUCAUACCACUCCAGACACGCCAGAAAUCCGUCAAGUCAGAGCGACGCAGGAAGCUGUCAGUGAUCUGAUCUACAAGUCAGAUUUCUUCAAGAUGCAGGGACAUUUGAUCUCCCUGCCGUUCACCCCGGAGGUGUUGCACUGCCGCCACGUCGGGGACAUCACGAGUGACAAUAAAUACAAAGAGGAUCUCCAGUGGCUGAGGGGCUUGGGCUGCUUCCUGUAUGACACUCCUGAUAUGGUCCGUGCCCGACAGCUGCGUAAGCUCUGGUCUAAUUACAUAUACACUGGCACUGCAAAGAAAAUGUGGGCUAAAUACAACGUGGUGUUGGAUACCCCUGGAUACAGAGCAGUUCAGGAACUAAAAACUCAUCUGAGUGAACUGGUUUACAGAGCUGCAGGCAACGAGCUGAAGACAAAAUACACUUCUGUCCUUGAUACACCUGACUUCCUGAGAGCCAAGGAAGGACAGAAAAUACAGAGCCAGUAUUUGUACGUGGAACUUGCCACAAAAGAGAGACCUCAUCAUCAUGCUGAUGGUCAGACUCAAGCAUUUACACAUGCUAGGCAAGUAAAGGAUAUGGUCAGUGAGAAAAAGUAUAAAACCCAGUAUGAGAAGAUGAAGGACAAAUACACUCCUGUCCCUGACACACCAGUCUUGAUCAGAGCCAAGAGAGCAUACCUGAAUGCCAGUGAUUUGCGCUACAAAGAGACCUUUGAGAACACCAAGGGCAAAUACCACACAGUGAAAGAUGCUCUGGACAUUGUCUAUCACCGAAAGGUCACCGAUGAUAUCAGCAGUGUGAAAUAUAAGGAAAAUUAUAUGAGCCACUUAGGAAUCUGGAGAUCGAUCCCAGACCGCCCGGACCAUUUCCAUCAUCGCGCAGUCAUGGAUGCUAUUAGUGAUGUUAAAUACAAGGAAGACUUAGCAUGGCUCAAAGGCACUGGCUGUUAUGCAUGGGACACUCCAAGUCUUGCUCUGGCAGAAAAGAACAAGGUGCUCUACAGUGGGUGUAAGUACAAGGAGAGAUUUGAGAAGACUAAGUCUCAGUUCAAAUAUGUAGCUGACUCUCCAAUUAACUUGCAUUUUAAACAUGCAACUCAGCUGGUGGAUGGGAGAAGUUAUACAUCCUUUGCCAAGAUGCUCCUGCAACAAGGAUGUAAUGAAAUUGAGAGGCCAGAUAUGCUGACAGCACUCUACAACACAUACUUAUGGAGCCAGGUUCAAUACAAAAAGGACUAUGAGAAGAAGAAAGACAAGUAUACUACAGUUGUGGAUACUCCAGAACACUUAAGGACUACAAAAGUCAACAAACAGAUUAGUGAUAUUAUUUACAAGUUGGAAUAUAACAAAGCAAAGCCUAAAGGCUAUACCACCAUCCAUGAUACACCCAUGCUACUGCACGUGAAAAAGGUCAAGGACAGAAUUAGUGAUCUGAAAUACAAAGAAAUGUAUGAGAGGAAUAAAUCUCACUGCAAUGUCAUAGCAGAUUCAGUGCACAUCAAGACUCCAAGGCAUGCUUACAAGCUAAACAGCAAUCUGGACUAUAAAAAGAAAUAUGAAGCAGCCAAGGCCCGUUGGCACUGGAUUGCUGACAGACCCGACUUUGUUCAAGCAGCCAAGUCAUCUCUGCAACAAAGUGAUUAUGAGUACAAACUGGACCGGGAAUUCCUGAAGGGAUGCAAACUGUCUGUCACAGAUGACAAAAACACAGUAUUGGCCUUAAAUAAUGCCAUCUUGGCCAGUGAUAUAAAAUACAAAGAGAAGCACAACAAAGCUCGAGGAACUUACCAUGUUGUUCCAGACACACCUCAGAUCCUCCUGGCUAAGACUGUCAGCUCUCUUGUAUCUGAGAACAAAUACAAAGAGCACAGCAAGAAGCAGCUUCCUCAUGGGUCAUUCACAACCCUGCCAGAGACACUAGACACUGCUCAUGUGAAGGAGGUGACCAAGAACGUCAGUGAGACAAACUAUAAAAAGAAGUUUGUGAAGGAGAAAGGCAAAUCUAAUUAUUCUGUCAUGCUGGAGCCUCCUGAAGUGAAACAUGCCAUGGAAGUUGCUAAAAACCAGAGUACAAUUGAAUACAAGAAAGAUGCCAAGUCAAAGCUCCACUACACACCCAUAGCAGAUCGACCCGAUAUCAAGAAAGCAACUCAGGCUGCCAAGUUGAUAAGCAAUAUCGAAUAUAAAAAGCGUGGAGAAGCUGGGCUUGGGGUGACCAUGCUGGGGCGCCCGGACAUUGAACUGGCUAAGGAGGUGUCCAAGCUCACCAGCCAGGUGAAAUACAAGGAGAAUUUUUCCAAAGAGAAGGGGAAAAAGCCAAAAUAUGAUUUAAAGGAGGCUAAAAUCUACAAGACCAUGAAAGACGCUCACAACAUGGCCAGUGAGGUGAAAUACAAGGCAGAUUUAAAGAAGCUCCACAAGCCAGUGACAGACAUGUCUGAGUCGCUGAUCAUGAACCACGUCCUGAGCACCAGCCAGCUCGCCAGUGCUUACCAGUACAAGAAGCAAUAUGAGAAGAGUAAGGGUCACUACCAUGUGGUGCCAGAUAAUCUUGAGCAGGUUCAUCUAAGGGAGGCAUCAGAACUACAGAGCCACGUGAAAUACAAAGAAAAGUAUGAGAAGGAAAAAGGAAAACCUAUGUUGGACUUUGAAACCCCAACAUACCUUACUGCAAAGGAAUCUCAGCUCAUGCAGAGUGAGAAAGAAUAUAAGAAGGACUUUGAAGAGUCCAUGAAGGGCAGAAACCUUGCUGGCUUGGAGAUCACACCAUCCUUAUUACAUGUCAAAUAUGCAACAAAAAUAGCAAGCGAGAAAGAGUACAGGAAGGAUCUGGAGGAAGGUGUCAAAGGUAAAGGACUAACAGCUUUAGAGGAGACUCCAGACAUGUUAAGAGCAAAGAAUGCAACUCAAAUCCUCAAUGAGAAAGAGUAUAAAAAGGCCUUGGAAUUAGAAAUCAGAGGAAAAGGUCUGACAGAACUGGCUCUGGAGACACCAGAUUUUGUGAGAGCAAAGAAUGCCACUGACAUUGCCAGCCAGAUCAAAUACAAACAGUUGGCAGAAAUGGAGAAAGCCAAUUACACCAGUGUUGUUGAUACUCCUGAGAUUAUUCAUGCUCAACAGGUCAAGAAUCUUUCCAGCCAGAAAAAGUACAAGGAGGAUGCAGAAAGGACCAUGCCAUACUAUGUGCCUGUAGCAGACACACCAGAAAUGCAGCGAGUCCGUGAGAAUCAAAAGAACUUUAGCACACUUCAGUAUCAGUGGGACCUACAGAACAGUAAAGGAAAAGUUACAGUUGUACAAGACACACCAGAAAUGCUGCGUGUGAAAGAGAACCAGAAGAAUUUCAGCUCGAUUUUAUAUAAAGAAGAUAUUGGAACUGGAACUACUAUUGAAAAGACACCAGAGAUGCAGAGAGUUAAGCGAACCCAGGAUGCAAUCAGCUCGAUUAAGUACAAGGAGAACAUUGGCAAAGGAACCCCAAUUCCUGACCUUCCAGAAGUGAAGCGAGUCAAGGAGACACAGAAGCACAUCAGCUCGGUGUUGUACAAAGAGGACCUGGGGACAGGUACCCCAACCCCUGUCACUCCAGAAAUAGAGAGAGUCAAACGCAAUCAAGAACACAUUAGCUCGGUGUUGUACAAGGAGGGCUUAGGGACUGGAACCCCCACCCCAGUCACUCCGGAGAUGGAGAGAGUCAAACGCAAUCAAGAGAACAUUAGCUCGGUGUUGUACAAGGAGGGGCUGGGGAUUGGAACCCCAGUACCUGUCACUCCUGAGCUGGAGAGGGUCAAACGCAAUCAAGAAAACUUUAGCUCGGUGUUGUACAAAGAGGAGCUGGGGACAGGAACCCCAACCCCUGUCACUCCUGAGCUUGAGAGAGUCAAACGCAAUCAAGAAAUCAUUAGCUCGGUGUUGUACAAGGAGGAGCUGGGGACAGGAACCCCAACCCCUGUCACUCCUGAGCUGGAGAGAGUCAAACGCAACCAAGAACACAUUAGCUCGGUGUUGUACAAAGAGAGCGUGGGGACUGGGACCCCCACCCCUGUCACUCCAGAGAUGGAGAGGGUCAAACGCAAUCAAGAAAUCUGUAGCUCGGUGUUGUACAAAGAAAACAUAGGGAAAGCAACCCCAACCCCUGUCACUCCUGAGAUGGAAAGAGUCAAACGCAAUCAAGAAAUCAUUAGCUCGGUUUUGUACAAAGAAAAUGUGGGGAAAGUGACCCCAACACCAAUCACUCCAGAGAUGGAGAGAGUCAAACGCAAUCAAGAAAUCAUUAGCUCGGUGUUGUACAAAGAAAACCUGGGGCGAGCAACCCCCACACCAAUCACUCCAGAGAUGGAGAGAGUCAAACGCAACCAAGAACAAAUUAGCUCGGUUGCAUACAGAGAAGGCUUAGGGAAGGCAACCCCCACCCCCCUCACUCCGGAGAUGGAGAGAGCCAAACGCAGCCAAGAACACGUCAGCUCGGUUUUGUACAAGGAACACCUGGCAAAAGGAACCCCAACCCCAAUGACCCCAGAGAUGGAGAGAGCCAAACGCAACCAGGAAAACAUCAGCUCGGUUCUUUAUUCAGACAGCUUCCGAAAACAAGUUCAAGGCAAAGCUGCCUACGUGCUGGACACGCCUGAGAUGCGGCGCGUCCGAGAGACCCAGAAACACAUCUCUACGGUGAAAUACCACGAAGACUUUGAGAAGAGCAAAGGCAGCUUCACCCCUGUGGUGACCGACCCCAUCACGGAGCGGGUGAAGAAGAACAUGCAGGACUUCAGUGACAUCAGCUACAGGGGCAUCCAGCGGCGCGUGGUGCAGAUGGAGCGCAAGCGCGUGGACCAGGACCAGGACAACAUCACAGGUCUCCGUGUGUGGCGCACUAAUCCCGGCUCAGUCUUUGACUAUGACCCAGCAGAAGACAACAUUCAGUCCAGAAGCUUACACAUGAUCUCUGUCCAAGCCCAGCGCCGCAGCCGGGAGCAUUCCCGCUCUGCCAGUGCCCUCAGCAUCAGUGGUGGGGAUGAGAAAUCCGAGCCCUCGGAGGGUGUGGAUCAACACUUGUCCUACUACAGCAACGGGGGCUUCUUCACUGCAACUGCAACAGUGGGCUACAAACAUGCCAAGACCAUCGAGUUACCACAGCAGAGGUCCUCGUCUGUUGCCACCCAGCAAACAACCGUGUCCUCUGUCCCUUCUCAGCCAUCUACUGCUGGUAAGACCUACCGGGCCAUGUACGACUACACAGCAGCUGAUGCUGACGAGGUGUCCUUCAAGGACGGUGACACCAUCGUGAACGUCCAGGCCAUUGACGAGGGCUGGAUGUACGGGACGGUCCAGAGAACCGGCAAGACGGGGAUGCUGCCCGCCAACUACGUGGAGGCUGUCUGAGGGUCUGAGCCCAGCCUGCCCUCCUCCUGCUGGCCCCGGGGCACAGAAAAGGCUGGAACUCUCCAAGUGUCUUCUUGUCUUCCAUGCUGGUAGUGCCUUAUCAACCCUGAUGCAAAACGUAAUAAAGCAAGUAACUGCA